UAAAAAUCAAAUGAUAUGUUCCUACACUCAGGUGUGAGGACAAUUAUAUCAAAUACAAGGCGACAGAGCUGGUAUAAGAGGGCCGUGCCGCGCUGGCUGAGUGGCUGUGGCUGGCGUCUGGUGUGGCCCGUUGGCAGCGCGACAACGCCGGCGAGGGCCAAUGAACGGCCGACACCUGCUGCUGCUGCUACACUCCCGCCGCUUCUGAGCCGCUGCUGCACUGUCACACGCCUCCCGAAAGCGUGUUCCCGGGCCAAGAUGUCCACAUCAAUACUGAGUUACCGCACCCGGGGAUGGCUCCGGAUGUCUGUGGAGAAACAAGACACCCUCCUCAAAAUGGCUGUCCUCUCCCUUGCUGCCAUUCUCUCUUUCUCAUGCAGGUUGUUCUCCGUUCUUCGCUUUGAGUCUGUGAUUCACGAAUUUGAUCCUUAUUUCAAUUAUCGGACGACCAAGUUCUUAGCAGAGGAAGGAUUCUACAGCUUCCACAACUGGUUUGAUGACAGAGCAUGGUACCCACUGGGGAGGAUUAUUGGAGGCACCAUAUACCCUGGGCUGAUGGUCACCUCAGCAUCCAUAUACCACAUUCUGAACUGGCUGCAUAUAACCAUAGAUGUUCGCAAUGUGUGUGUCUUCCUGGCUCCAUUCUUUUCCUCCCUCACCACCAUUGUCACCUACCACCUGGCCAAGGAACUCAAGAGUCCAGGUGCUGGUCUGGUAGCUGCCGUCAUGAUUGCCAUCGUCCCGGGCUACAUCUCUCGUUCAGUGGCUGGGUCCUAUGAUAAUGAGGGUAUUGCCAUCUUCUGCAUGUUGCUGACAUACUACAUGUGGAUCAAGGCAGUGAAGACUGGGACACUCUUCUGGUCAACCAUGGCAGCUUUGGCCUACUUCUACAUGGUAUCAUCUUGGGGAGGCUACGUGUUCCUCAUCAACAUCAUCCCCUUGCAUGUGCUCAUCCUCAUGAUCACUGGCCGCUUCUCCCACCGUGUAUAUGUUGCCUACUCCACCCUCUAUGUCAUUGGCACCAUCCUCUCCAUGCAGAUUUCCUUUGUGGGAUUCCAGCCAGUCUCCACCUCAGAGCACAUGGGGGCAUUUGGUGUGUUUGGUCUGUGCCAGAUUCACGCCUUUGUGGACUACGUGCGUUCAAGGCUCAACAAGGCACAGUUUGAGGUACUGUUCCGUGCUGUCAUCUCUACGGUGGCGGCCACUGGCGUGCUGGUGCUGGUGAUGCUGACAGCCAUGGGAAAAAUUGCUCCAUGGACAGGCCGCUUCUACUCACUGCUGGAUCCCUCGUAUGCCAAGAAUAACAUCCCCAUCAUUGCCUCCGUCUCUGAGCAUCAGCCCACUGCCUGGUCCUCCUUCUACUUCGACCUGCAGAUGCUGACCUUCAUGUUCCCUGUUGGACUGUAUUUCUGCUUUUCCAAUCUUACUGAUGAGAAUAUCUUCAUCAUUCUCUAUGGAGUCCUCAGUAUCUACUUUGCCGGAGUAAUGGUACGUUUGAUGCUGGUGUUGGCUCCUGUCAUGUGCAUUCUCUCUGGCAUUGCUGUGUCCUCCAUGCUGUCUACCUACAUGAAGCAGAUCGAUGAAGUGAAGACAGAAAAAAAGAAGACCAAAUUUGAGGGCAACUAUUUCAUGCGCAGUGAGAUUGCAACAUUCUUUGUGUGCGUUAUGUCGGUGUUCCUGGUGAUGUACACACUCCACUGCACUUGGGUCACCUCGGAGGCAUACAGCUCCCCUUCCAUCGUCCUUUCUGCCCGCGGCCACGACGGGUCCAGGAUUAUCUUUGAUGACUUCCGGGAAGCUUACUACUGGCUGAGACACAACACCCCUCAGGAUGCAAAGGUCAUGUCGUGGUGGGACUAUGGCUAUCAGAUCACCGCCAUGGCCAAUCGGACUAUACUUGUGGACAACAACACCUGGAACAACACCCACAUAUCCCGUGUGGGUCAGGCCAUGGCCAGCACGGAGGACAAAGCCUAUGAGAUCAUGCAGGAGUUGGAUGUUGAUUACGUGUUGGUGAUCUUUGGAGGGCUUACCGGCUACUCCUCGGAUGACAUAAACAAGUUCCUGUGGAUGGUGCGAAUUGGUGGCAGCACUGAGAAGGGCACUCACAUCAAGGAGCAUGACUACUACACGCCAGCCGGGGAAUUCAGGGUGGACAAGGAAGGUUCCCCAACACUCCUCAAUUGCCUCAUGUAUAAGAUGUGCUACUACAGAUUUGGGCAGGUGUAUACUGAAGGAGGAAAACCUCCUGGCUAUGACAGAGUACGAAAUGUUGAAAUUGGGAACAAGGACUUUGAGCUGGAUGUGCUUGAGGAGGCAUACACAACAGAACACUGGAUUGUGCGUAUAUACAAGGUUAAAGACUUACCCAACAGAGGGGCCUAGAAAUGUGUCCUAUUAUUAGAAAUGUGCAGAAUUGGAUUACCAGUUUUGUGUGAUUCAUCAGUUUCAUAUUAAAUUGUUGAGGGUGCUUUUCUUCAGCAUUGUUGUUAUGCGUGCAAGUUUCAUGAUCACAUUCCUUCUGUGUGAUGACAUUUUGCUGUGAAUGUUGCCAGUCACCAGAGUGUCAUGGCUUGGUGAGUUGUGGGAGGGUUGGAGCAUCCCCAGGAAGGGUGACUGGGGGAUGUUGAGCCUUGGGAGGUUACUGACAUGCCAGUAUCAGUUAGUUACCUUGUUACAUAUAGAAGAAGGUUUGUGAUUUACCUAAUUUUAUUUUUUAUAUUUCUACCCAAGAAUGUUUCUUUAAAACAUCCUCAUGCCAAUGUAUUCAUGUACAUAACACUAAAGCAAUGUUUUACAUGCUGUAUUUUUUAUAACUCAUGAUGUUGCACUGUUGUAUAGCAUUGGAGAUUGUGGAUAGUGUGAAUUCAGCAAAGGCUUGUAGCUGUAGAUAAGGUGAUCAUUACCCUUCUUACUCGUUUCUUUAAACUGGCACAGACAUGCCUCGAGGCAUUUGCACAACUGUGAACACUUUACAGCUAUGACCACCACCACCACCGCUGCCACCACUACUGUCUUUGUACUAAUGUUCUGUAUUACUGCAACUACUUCCACCACUUUGGUUAUGCAACUCGAGUGAAGGAGUCAUUUGUUGUGAUUACUUGUUUUGAAGUUUUGCCCUGAAAAUUUUGCCAAACUUCAAGGUGAAUUAAGCCGAUACAUGCAACAGAUUGAUACAAAAUAGCAAAAUUAAUUUUUCAACUUUCAAGUGUUAUUUUCUGUCAUUAUUUGUAACUUGCAUCAUCAUCACAGCACCUGUUAAAAAUGUUCAUCUGUUAACUUUUUACUUUAGUGAGGAAUAAGGGAACACUAAGCAUCCUUUAUUAAAUAUGUCUGUGGAUGUCACCUGAAGACCACAGAGGAAGCUCAACAUGUUAGUUGUUCUACCAGUAUUUGUCAAAUGUGUCACAAACUUGGUCAUUGCUGGAUGGGUCUGGUUGUGUGAUGUGCUGAUGUGCUUUAUCUGUGGGAGUUAAAUAAUUAUUAUUCUAUAUUUGUGGCUGUCUUUCUAUAUGUAACUAACCCUCCACCAUCAGGACAGACUGGCAACAAGAGAUAACAAGAUUUUUGUUAUUGUGUUGUAUUAUUGAAGCCUAAAUUAGUUGGUUUGGUUCUUUUGAAAUUGAAACUAGCUUUUUUUUUCAUGUAUUUUAACUUUAUUGCAAGAUGAUCUUGCCACCAUGACAUUUAUACAAAGGAGGAAGGCCUUGGGCUAGAUGAUGUACAAAAGUGCUCAAUGUAGCUGUGCCUGGGAGAAAAUUAAACUUCAUUUUCAGUA